UAUCACUCACAGAAAAAAAAGGAAGGACAGAGAAAUUCCGGGAGGACAAAGGUUCAUUAUGAAGCAGUAAUCAUGUACAUUACAAACGUUUGAAACACACACACACUUUCCCGGAGUUUCAAAGCUGUACCACGACUACCCUGUCCCAUGCUCCCCCCAGCAGUUACCUGGUGUUUCAGGUUUUCCCGUCGGGUGUGACGGAGCCUUCUGAGAGCGAAGUGAACUGUGAUCCGUGAAGUUUUGCGCAGACAGGCUCCGGGUAGUCAUGGCGACAUGGCGCGGCUCUGCUGCUGGCACCACAGGGGACAUCAGUAGGUGACCAGGAGGCGACAGGAACAGGCGGCGUCUGGUGUCUUACAGGUGAGGAGGAUACAGGUACACGGACACCUGUGACAGGGACGCCAUGGAUGACUGGACGAUGCUGCGCUUCCAUUCCAUGUACCAGAGAAGCUGGACGGGGUGGAAGUGUGACCACCAGACCACACCACGCAUGCUCAGCCUACCGGAAGUCGGUGCCAGAUCCAGCACUCGAAACUCGGGCAGCUCGCCCCGAACCUCGAAGACUUCGACUCCACAGCUGACGUCACGAUCCAAAACCGGGAUGUCACCGCGAGCAACCGUCACCUUAGACCCUCUGAGCUAUCGCAGAACCAGGCGUCUGGACCGCCAGAAACCCUGGGUGGAGCAGACACCCAGAACUUCCCCGAAACCUGACCGUCUAGAAAUCCACUACGAAACAUUUUUGCCCAGUAACAAGGAGCUCGAGUACCGCGCCCGCGAGUACGUCACCAACCCUCGCUACGGUCACCUGUACGAGGUCAGGGAGAUGCGACCCAAGCCCUCACCCAAAGACAACAGGGUCAUCAGUUGGUUCUGGGAGAACCAGUUUCAACUCUGGCGCCAGGAGAUGGACAGCAACAAAGGGAAGACUAGCAGUAGUGCAGACAGUCUCUCGGCAAGAGUGAAGAACAUAUCCAAUGGAAACGUCUCCCUCAGGAGGGUGAACUCGUUCCGACAGCAGUCAGAGACCAAGCCACACGCCGACCUCUUUGCUGCCUACCACAAUCAGCUGCUGGUCAACCAACGACGCCAGGUGGCAGCCACUGUUGUUCAGCGUCACUUCCGGGGCUGGCGGACGCGCAUGCGCCUCUCACGCCUGAAGCGGCGCGCGCUGCUGGAGCUGGGUCGCCCCUGGUCCAAGGUGGUGCAGGACCUCCGCCAGCUGGUCAGCCGGGUGCAAGCCCGUCACGGCGUCAUGCGCACUGGCUCCCGCUUCACGCUCUCCGACUUGGAGGAGUACGUGGACAGACGACAAAAAUACGAAAGGACGUUUGAAAAAAUGGCUCCAGACGGAAAGUUGUCACGUGACCAACUGGAGGCAUUUGUGAACGAGUGUGAGCACUACCCGACCGAAGGAGAAUUAAACGAUGCUUUCAACUCGGUCUUCAAAGGCUCAGGUUCAACGGCCGAAGUGGUCUUCGUGCUGGACUGCUCCACGAGUGUGGACGCCAUCAGCUUCAACGACCAGAUGACGUUCGUCAAGGACGUGGUGCGCUGCCUGCACGUGGCACCCCACCGAGUGCGGGUGGGCGUGGUACCCUACAACACGGACGUCUUUCAGUCUUUUGGUCUGCUUCAGCAUUCCUCGGGUCGAGAGGUCAUCGAGGCUGUUGAUAAAAUUCAAUUUCGUCCUGGGCUGACACUCACUGACAAAGGCCUCAGAAUAAUGAGAGACAUUUUUCAAAGGGCUGACGCAAGACCUGGUGUACAGAAAGUGGCAGUGGUAAUCACCGACGGUCAAUCAGCAGACAGAAAACAAACAGUUUUAGAAGCGAAGAGAGCAAGAGAAGAAAACAUUACUAUUUUCGCCAUAGGUGUGGGCCGAGACGUGGAGAGGGCGGAGCUGGAGGACAUUGCUGGUGACGUCAGUAGGGUGUCCCUGUGCAGCGACUACCACUCCUUGAUACAGUUGAAGCAUACGAUUAGCACCAAACUUUGUUUGCCGGCAUGCGUCCUGUGCCAACACAUCCUGCCGCGCCUUCAGAUGCACGGUCUGUACAAGUCGGAAGCUCUGGAGGUCCUCUACAUGAUAUGCUCUCCAUCACACAUCUAUGAGCCUGCUCUAGGGUUCGAGUCUUCCUUUCUGGAGUCCUCGAGUGACUUAUCAGAAGACGACAAACCCUCGUCAGAGGCUCCACCAGCAUCGAUGAUGUCGUCUGGAGAUCUGACCAUGACCUUGCUGGACUCUUCUAACUAUUACUAUUUGGUUUCCCCAGAGCCUAGUGUUGAUCGACCGGAUCAAGAUAAAAAGAUAAAAAUCGCAGACGACAGAAACGAUGAUCGUUCAGAAGAACUUAGAGGCUUAGAGACAGCGAUGUCAUCGUCAACAAAGAGUUGCGACCACAAGAACUCCCUGAACUCUCCCGUAGGAGGGGCUAACGCCAGGGAUGUUAUCUGGACCCUGUUUCCUCCCAGUGCAGCGGGCCUGCUUCCCAAGAAGUCGCGAUGGAUACGCCCCUUGGUAGAUGGCAAGGAGGCCUGGUCACUUUUAGAUGAUGACAUCAUCAAAGCUACUGAUUUCAAGGUCUGCCUUGGUUUAGUUAUUAAGGCAAAACUGGAGCGAGAGGGAGUUAUUACGCUCCCAUCUGACCUCCGAGCUGGCGUAGAAGAAGUUACAUCAUAUGAAGAAGCAAUGCAAAAGAUCGAGCAGUACAUUGAAAAACGCAAAAGGGAAAAAGAUCCGGUAAUGGCUAAUUUGUAGGACACUAUUGUGAACUGGCGAAUGUUUCAAUACAGCUGGCAUGAUGCUUGUUAUUUGUGGCAUGAUGCUUGUUAUUUGUAGAUGAAUUAAUCAUUGCUGCUCAUAAUGGGUUAUCAUACAUGUGCUAACUACAAAUUGCUUUUAAAAGUGAUCUCAUCUUAGUAGCAUGGAAUGCCAAAAACAUGUGGGUCCCUUGGUGGAGUAAAUAGAUAACCACAGGACCUAUUUUGUUUUCGUAGCAUUCACUGCUACUAGAACAGUUAUUGUAAUGGUCAUGGGGAAACCAGUAAAAACAGUAGAGGGGACUCUUCAUUGUUGUCUCUCCUCUGUUAGAUGCAGCAAGGUUAAUUCAUUCACACAUAUUUGUCUUUGCGGCUGCACCUUAGAUAAGUAGUAUAUUUGUGUAAUACAGACUGUUAUUUUUCGCACAAAUAUUAUGGUCAUAUAACAUGGACAAAAAAUUAGUAAUUAUGGUGUUUGAAGCAUUUCCAAACAUGACCAUCUCUAAAAUCAAACAGAAAAUGAAUUAGACUAUUAAGUUUAGAAAUUUCCAGCCGCAAUCCUCUUUCAAAAGUGGCACACCAAAUUCAAUGUUAUAGUUGGAUUUCAUCACCAUAGGUAAUGUUCAUAUUAUUUACCUGAUGUAUGACUGAGACUACUAGCUGCCUGCAGGAGCAGACUAUCAAAGGAUGACAGUGUGCAUAAACAUGUGCAUAGAAAACGUUUUCAAAAUCCCAUUGGACGUAUUUCAUUCCUUUGGAUUUACAAGAAUGUGCACUUUCAGGAUGGUUUGAGAUAGAAACAGAGGAUGUCUGCUUUUUUUUUUUUACCUUACAUGCUUAUUCUGCCCUUAUUUUAAAAAAUUAAAUAAGGUAUUUGUGUGCAUUCCAGUGUAAGUUAUAUCUUAUCCUUGCACUGCAAACAAGUAAAGCUGUCUAAAUAGGUUUGUUGCAUUGCCUGCAGGCAUGCCCUUUAACCAUAAUUACGAUGUUGGUAUAGCAUGGAAUUUCAGCCUGUGGCCAGGAUUUCCACCCUUCAUGCUACUAGCUAGGCUAGGCAUACAGAAUCC